AUGGCGUCGAUUGAGGUGACGCCGUCGCGUGUCGCGCCGCGCGGCCCCGAUCCUGCGCGUGGCGUCUACUAUAAGCUUGCGCUGUUUAGCAUUGCACUGUUCGUCGCGCCGAUCACCGCGUACUACGUCGCAAAGGACCGCUGGCUGGGUGGCGACUCGGUGUAUGCAGGUGGUCUUGCGGCGCUGGUUGCGAACCUGGUUUUGGCGGGCUACAUUGCGGUAGCCUGCUUGGAAGACGACGGAACCAAGGCUCGUGUGGCCGAGAAGAAGAGCCAGUAG